AGGCGGUGGGUGUGGAGGCUGAGCACCCCGUGCGGCCCCCUCUGCUGCGGCAGGAGGGAACCUGCGAGUAGUUAGAGCGUCCAAAAGGGCAGAUGUCCGCGUGCCGGCGGACGCCUGGCAGGUGCCUUCAGCUGGGACGUUGGGUGGCCGUGGAGGCUCUGGGCGCGGUGCUGCAGUUGGCUCUAAGCCUGGGUCUUGGAGUUCUCAUCCCAGGGCUCUAGCUCGGCCGGCUCGCUUUCCGUCCCCCUCUUCUUCCCCAGCCCCGCCUCCGUCCCCUGUCCUUUUACCCUUCUCUCCCUUAACUCCUUAGCGUUUAGUAACUCUGAGAUGGUACCACCAUCCUGGGAAUUACUCAGGAGAAAGCAGUGUUGUCACCUUACCCAGCCGCAAUUCCAGUUUGGCCAGUGAGGUGCACCCCAAGCCCGCAUCAAGCCCAACAUUUGCUGGUCCCUAGGCCGUACCUAGAUCUGCAACGCUCCCGUUUCCUGGGUUCGCGUGAAGACCCUUUUGGCGAGACUUCCCCAAGUGGAUCAAGCCAGGGGCUGCGGUGAGAGGGGAGGGGCUCCUCGCUCACACGGGAAAAUCAGUGGGUCUUGAAGCCUUCUUGUGUCCUUCUGACAAGGGAAUUCUGUAGAAGCGUUUCUUUAGACUUGGCCAUUUGUUUAGGGAUCUUGAAGUCAGUCCUUCCAUAGUACUGGAGAGUGGGAAAUAAUUCAACAUGGAACACGAAGUUUCCUUACGGCCUUUUAUACUUUUUUUUUGUUGUAAACAGUUUUACUGGAAACACUAAUUUUCACCCAUGCACGAUUCAACAUCUUUUUUAUUACACCUCCCCCAUCCCACCCACUUUCAUCUCUCUGGAAUAAAGUAGAUUUUUUUUUUUUUCGUUCUGAGGCGUUUUGGAAGGUGUCAAGCAAAUGACGAAUUAUUUUUAGAGCAAUUUAUUUUGCAGCUUAUGAAGCUAAAGUACUGGGGUGUGAAUUGAUGGGUUAAUUCAAACUAUCUAAUAAUAUCAACUAUUCUAAUAGGAUAGUUUGUCUUAGAUUGCCACGGGUUAGAGGUCUAGUCUGGGAGUUGCAGCGCUUUGUAAAUUAUUUGAAAAAUGGGACAUUAAGGUGGCACCCUAUUUAGCUCACCUUGCAAAAGUUUUGCCUUUGGAGAUUGAAUCAAAGCCAUGCCUAGCCAUUGCAGUUUCAGGAUUGUGGUUGGUCAAUUUCAUUCCCCUUCUGUUGUUAACAUGAAGCCUAAAAUCUUUUCCAGGUUUUUUGAUCCCAAGAUAGCAGUAUAACUAAGAAGUUAAUUGGGUAAUUAAAAUAAAACAAAGACUAAAAUCCUCUUAACUGUUAAAACCAAAAAGAACAGAUUGACUACGACCUAUUAUGUUAUCUUAAAUCUAAAAUGAGGACAAUUAACUGGUUUCAGACUAAGAAGCUUGGCACAGAACCUCUAGUACCAGUACUAGGAUCAUGAAUUUGAUGUAAAGACUUCUUAUUAGAUUAAUUUUUCUUCUUAGUCUUUGUAAAUUAUAAACAAAUUUACCGAUUAUUCCUAGUUCUUUAAGUUGUCAACAAGUAUAGGCCAUUGGGUCAGGGGUUCCUGAGAGGGAUUUUCAGAGCACUGCUAUCUAAUGGAGUUGAUGUGAAAAUACACAGAUAAUUGAGUCAUGAACUUAAAGGCAAAGUUGUUCAUCUACCCCCAGACUCAUUAAUGCUUAAAGAAGAGGUGUCUUUUGCAGUUGUUUUCAUGUAAAACUUAACUGGAAAAGAGCAUAAAGAAUAUAUUUGCACAAUCUAUGCUUUUUAAAAUAAACUGUAAUAGUUUGGAAAUCCUGGAUAGAAAGUAAAUUUAUUGUCUUUAUAAAAAGUCCAAUCUUUCACAGUACAACUAUCAGAGAACACACACACACACACACACACACUUAAAUGUCCUACUGUUCCCUAUUUUCCUAGUAGAGCAAUAGCUAUAUGUUUAGAAUAAAUGUUACCUGCUUCAACUUUCACUGCAUGAGUCAUUCAAGGUGACUGUAUUUUAGGCAGAUCAUUAAAUAAGGAAUACUGAGUCUGAGGCAUUUAUUUUGCCCUGAGGAGGGCUUGAUAUAUUUCUUUAAACCAGUACUGAUAGUUUGGACAGACCCAUUUGUAUCACGGGCCAGUUUGGGGAAUAAUCUAGGUCACUGAACCUUGAGCGAUGGCUGCUAAACAAAUAAAUAUGGCUGGAAAAAAGAGGUCCACAAUAAACACGAAGGUCAUGUCGCCAAUGUCUCUUCAGACACAUAAUGUCCAACAAGCAAAGGAAGCCACAUACCCUCUAUUAUAUACAGCUACUCACAGACACAAACUUGUGUGGCUUGGCAGGAUUUUGUAAAGCGCAGAUUUUAAGAUAAAUCAUAAUUGGAUGUAAUUUUAUUGAGUACCAGUGUUAGUGGCUGGGAGGGUAGGACGUGGAUGCCCUAGACAAGUUCUGCAGAGCACGUUUAGAAAAUCCCCCACACUCCUGGCCCCGAGUGUUUCCUUUUCUAAACUCUGUCUCCUUCUCUGCCAUGUAACUUUGAGCUGAAACAGGCAAGGGUUGGUAGAACUCACUUCCUACUGCCUACUUUUUUUGGGUGUCUUUCAUCUCUGCUUUUGCCUUUGACUAAGCUGUUUUAGGUGCCCCAAACAUCUGGUAUGCUAUUGUUACUUAUUUAAAUACAUGUUAUUCUUUUAAAGCCACUUGCUCUACAGCUAGGGCCCUCAUGUCCUUAAGAAGGGAGAAAAUAGGAAGAGGGAGACAAAAAAAGAGUAAGCAUUUUUUUUCACUCCUUCUCCUCUGCCUGACGACUCAUCCUGGGUUCCUGCAGAGCUGGGGGAACCACAAAUGGGCCAUGAUCUCUGCAUUCCCGAACACCGAGCACACAGACAGUGGAAUGGUCACUUCAGAUGCAGGGCUGGAACACCAAACAGAUGUAAGGUCCUUCGGCUGCUAUGUUUGCCUCCAGAGUGGGAUUCCACAUAACAUGAGGUGGCCUUGGACUCCAUCCAGGAAGCUUUAGUUACUGAAGCAGCAAAAUGAGUUUUGCAGGCAGUAGCACUUCCUGAACCAGAGAAUGACGUUUUAGGUAGACUUUCAAGGACUGACCUGUUGAGAGUGUGGUGUUUUUUCUUUUGUUUUCACUUAGAUCCAAGUUAACAAGCGUGAAAUCCCAUGCAUGAUAUCCUAAACUUGGUUUUAACAAUGGAGGUGACUUCAUUGUACCCAUACCCAGCCUAUUCUCAUCUUAGGCAGCAUCCGUCACUGAGAACAUUUGUUCAAAUGAUGCAUUGCUUUCAGAAGGUGCUAAAGCUAAUUCUAUACCAUAUUUCAUAGUUCCCACGCAGAACAUUCUUUUAAAAAUGUUCAAACCCAGUCUUCCAUGUUUUAGCAACACAAACACUGAAGACUUUUAUGAAGUGUUUUUAUACAUGUGCUAACAAGGACAACAACCAAAGUUUUUGCUCCUUUGUACAUUUUGGCAUCAUAACUCAAUUGACUCAUAAGCUUACUAUAAAUAUCAUGUAGAUGUCUCAAAAUGGGAGCAUUUAUUCAAAAUAGUUUCUUAUGCCUUCAGGGGAAACAGUUGGGAUGUUUGAACAGUGUAUUUGAAGCUUCUCUAGUAAGUUUUAAAUAAGACACCACACUGCGUCUAUAUUCUUGAUAAAAGCUUUGAGCCCAAUUUAGUACCACCUCCAGGAGGGACAGGAGGUUAGGGAAAUACCCACUGCCAAGUCUCUCUGCCUAGUACCAUAGUCUGGGUGGUGUUUCUAGGGUCUUAGUUUGUGUACCAUGUACCAGAUUUAGUUAUAAGAGUUGAACCUGAGCACAGAAGGGCAAGGAAUUGUCUGAGAAGAGUUGUUUCUCCCUCUACCUCCAGUGCUGCACUUUUUGGUUAUUCUGCUUUGUAAAGACUACGGAUGUAUUCCCUGUAUAUUCCUCUAGUCGGGAGAAAUUAAUGUUCUGCUUUGACCCAGUAGUAAAAAGUAGGAUGAGGAAGCAAAGGGAAGUUGAAAGGAGGAAUUCUUAGAAACUUCCUAAACAGAAAAGCAAAAAGGAGGCAUACUGCAGACAUGGUUUACAGGGAAUACUGAAGUUUUGUUUAUCUACUCUUCAACAUCAGCUAAGAAAGUCACCUAACAAUGGACAAAAGUCACUAUUGCCCUUAUCGUCGCCUGACCAAAAAUCCCGUUAUGACAAACUGCAGGUUUUCAACAUGUUUUUACUAAAUGAAUUCAUAGCAAAAACCAGGCAUCUCUGAGAAAGUUAACCAGAGGGCUGUAAUUGCCAGUAACAUACAAUUUCCUUGCUUAAGUUCACUUCAUGGGUCUUCCUUUCCCAGAGCCAACCAAGAAUUUGGCUUCUGAAUAGUAAAGGAAAGAAGGAAAAAAGCUGUUGGUGCCUUCCUACUCUCCAUCCGCCAUGCCAGGGCAUCCUGAAACGGGGCCUGCAAACAUUCCCUAGGCCCACAUGCUAAGUCUCCAAACUUGAGGCCUUCCUCGGAGGCACCAGCCCAGGCGCCAAAGGCGUCCACCCUCUGGCCCCCUCAGCCUUGACACAGCAAGUGGCAGGGCACCGUCUCGUUCCCUCUGCAGGAGCCCCCUCCGCUUCUUUUCUGAUCUUCGAUUUUCUUCUUAAAGGCAUGCCGCAGAACAGAGUGCAUCUGAAUUGUUCCUCUUAUCAUUUUUGAACCCCUUUCUCCGAAGGUGGUCAAUGGGACCCUCCCGCGUGGCACGUUUUUGUUCUUGAGGGGCCAGCAGCCAAGCAGCCUCGAGCUCCACUUGUUUUGAAAGGAGGUGCCCCCUCCGUUACUCUUUUGUUCCUUUUUGCUUUAAAGCACUUCCUAACCGCACUCAGCCACUCAGCUUCCGCCCUGCGCGGGCCGCGGAGUCUGUGUCAGGGACAGGACGUCUGGCAGGACGCCACGAUUGGGACAGAGCCCCCGCCUUCCUGAGCAGCGAGCGAGGCAUGGACUGUUUUCUGCCAGCCAAGAGCCGGCCACCUCUGCGGCUCGGAUCUGCUUCCAGGGGUCGGGCCCCGAGCCUGCCUAACGGAGCCCUGGAGAGAGGGGGCACGCGGGCGACGCGUGGCCUUCCUCUGCUGUGACCCGCGGCCAGAGCCCCACAUUCCCGCCACCCGGCGCUCCCCUCCUCCGAGCGUCGGGGGCUCUGCUACGCAAUGCGGCGGAAGCGGCCCGUCCGAGCCGCCGUAGCGCGGGAGGUUUCCGUUGCUACAGAGAUGACCUCUGACCCAGGGGGCGUCUCUGGGGGGGCCCCUGGCCGGCGCAGCCGUUGCUAUGGAAACCACGUGGCCGGAAGCCGCGGUGCGGGUGCGGGCCGGCCUCUGACGCGGCGCGCGUUUGCCAGCCCCCGGCCGGCGUCCGCGCGUGCGCCCCCGUGCGUCGCCGGGUCCAGGGGCUGCGGGAGAGUUUGGUCCCGGCCCACAGGUGGCCGCCUUCACCUGGGCAGCAUCUCCUAUGCGCUGCCAGGUGUAGAGGAAAAAGCACUGGGCAGGAGGAAGGAGCCAGCUUGCUGGCGAUCACUCCCGAGUUCAGGACUGGGAGAGGGUGAGCCCCGUCCCUGCUGGCUGCUGGAAGACCAGGGCGGGCUCGCGAAGUUCUCUGGGCCUCAGUUUCCUCGACUGCAAAGCAAGGGCAUUGAUUAGAAUAAGCUCUGCUCAGCCCCAGCGCUCGUGUUCCAAGCGUCUGUAACUUCCACCCAGUCCGGAUUCUGAGUGGACUUUCCCAUCUUCCCUGUAUCUCUCCUGGACUGUGUUGAGUAUAUUUAAGUUGUAAUCUAAGAUCUGAGACUAUCGGACAUGGAGGGCUACCUUAGGGAUCAGGAUUGACCUUUUAGAAGUGUGGCAAGUCCUUCACCGUGGAGAAGUGACUGUUCCAAGAGCCAAUUUUGAGUUGUAGACAAAGCACAGCACGCAACUUUGAGCCUUGGAAGAAGAAAAAUGUUGUAUUUUACUGGUGACACUACCAAGAGCUCUUCACGCAUCUCACAGAGUUGUGUGGUUCGUUCUGAAACAGAUGGCAUUCCUUUAUAUUUCUUGUAUUCCCCAGAUGCCUCUACCUGCAGUUUCUGAACAUUUUCUGGGGGGAGGAGCCUACCUACCUUGAUUUGUUUUACCUUCUGUUAUUUUGGACUAUUGGGAAGAAUCACAAGUAUUUUCAAAUCAAAACAAAAACAAAUCAAAACCACUUCACUGUAAAUUUAGAAAUUGAAAAAGACUAUUUUGAAGGUAUGAUAAGACGAGAACAGCCUUCUUAUAAAAGAACAGAUCUAAAUUGUGUUUCUGGCAAGUGGAGUAGGUCAAAGUUACCUGCUCAUAUGGCUUUAAACUUUUAAAAGAUUUUUGUUGGCCUGGUUUCCAAAGAGUCUUUUUACCCCUUCCCCCAUGAUAAGAAUUACCCCCCUGAAGUUUGCUUUUCAAGUAAUUUGCCAUGAGUUCCUCAAGAAAACUGGAUAGAAUAUUUGCAUCUCAAAGCACAGGAAAGAAUGCAAGUUCCUCCAAGAAGGGCUUUUAUUUCCUACAUGCAGAAUUUUACAAUACCUACCCGCAUAGGGGAGGGUUGAGGAUUGGAAAAAAGGACAGCUGGGCUUUGAAUUGCUUCUGGAGCUUCAUUUCUGCUCUUGUAAAGACUCAAUUUUUGAGUUCAGGGUAGUUGUUUUUAAUUCAAGAAUUGAGUUGCAAGCUGUUUGCCAUCAGAGGGCUGGUCACCCAUCCUACUACAUUAUCUAUUUGCUUCUUUAAUUGGGGGGAGAAGAUCAUCAACUAAGAUGGAAAUACAAAGAUUUCUGUGUUCUAGAUAGCUCUUUGUUUUGGAAGAUCUUUCCUUCUGCAUGCAUAGUUGCACUUAGCUUUGGGGACAAGACCUCAAAAAAAAAAAAAAAGUUCCUAUCGGGCUCUGAGUAUCACUUCCAAUCUUGCCAACUUCUCACUAUAGAGCUAACUUAAUUUUUUUUUUUUCAAAUACAUUGUCAGAUUUCAGCUGACACAAAGAGUAAAUGUUCCUGGCAAUAUUGAAAACCUGUUGGAUUCAAGAGCUGUCCCCCCAAAAUGUGUAAAAGGUAGUAUCCUCCCAAGAUCCAGAACCGCAUCCAAAGGUAGCCAAAGAGAGAGACUUGGGUAUUUCCCUUGAGCACUGGCUCCAAUCAUUAGGACACUAGCUGUGAAUGGAGUGCAACCCACAUUGCUGUCCGGCCGUGUCUUGAGGGCCCUCAGCCUGAUGGUUCCCAAGCCAAAGACCUGACAUGAGACAGACAAGAAGGCACUAACUGUCCCUGGGAAAGAAAGGAUCAACAACAAAUAGGUCUUGGGAAGGAAGAAACAGCGUGAGUUUUCCCUUCCUCCCUCAACUGGGCACUGCAGACAGACAGAUCCAGGAGGGCUGACUCAGAUCCUCAGCUCAAGGGUAUAGUGACCAGGUUAUAUUGCAGGCAAGGCUACUACUUGCAAAUGCACCCCGAUGGAGCUCUCGAUGGAACCAAGGAUGACAGCACUAAUUCUACUCUGUUCAACCUCAUUCCAGUGGGGCUGCGUGUGGUUGCCAUCCAGGGAGUGAAGACAGGGUUGUAUAUAGCCAUGAAUGGAGAAGGUUACCUCUACCCAUCAGAACUUUUUACCCCUGAAUGCAAGUUUAAAGAAUCUGUUUUUGAAAACUAUUACGUUAUCUACUCAUCUAUGCUAUACAGACAACAGGAAUCUGGUAGAGCCUGGUUUUUGGGAUUGAAUAAGGAAGGUCAAGUUAUGAAAGGAAACAGAGUAAAGAAAACCAAACCAGCAGCUCAUUUUCUACCCAAGCCAUUGGAAGUUGCCAUGUACCGAGAACCAUCCUUGCAUGACGUCGGAGAAACGGUCCCGAAGGCCGGGGUGACGCCGAGUAAAAGCACAAGCGCGUCCGCGAUCAUGAAUGGAGGCAAACCAGUCAACAAAAGCAAGACGACAUAGCCAGACCCUCACAGGUGUUGUGACUUUCUCGCCCCGAGCACCGUUGAGUGAUUUCUCCUUGCCAGACAUUGCUGCUCCCGUGGCGGAGGAGCAGCCGGAGGUGAGCUCAGGCUUGCUCCCCGCUGCCUCGAACUUCUUGGUUGCGAGUGGAUAAAUCUCAACGCGUGGCGCCCCCCACAACAAGAAGACACCUGGACAACCAGCUCAACUCAGACCAUGGAAUGCCCUACCAGAUAUGGAAUGCCUUUUUAAUAUCUUUUCUGUGACUGUGACACUUCAUGUGAAUGACAUAUUUCACAAGUACACUUGAUACCUUGCCUGCUGACAGCUACCCAUAUUCCUUUUUGAGUCCUGUUUCGGCGAAAUCCAUGUGUUUUAAGUUCGAUUUUGUAGCACCCAGAUACUCUUGAGUAAUUUCUAGUUAGAUGCUGUAAACCUGUGCUAUUAUGGAUUUCUCUUCUCCCCGUUUUCACAGGGCUGCUGGCUCCACUGUCUGUGACCUUUUGCAGGGACCGUGUUCCUCUAACUCUUACCUGUCGCGGUUGGCUUGGUUCGGAGAGCGAUCAGGGAAACAGAAAGCCUUCCAAACCUAGAAUUCCAAAUUGCAUCUAGAAAGAUUCCAAGGGUUGUCUCUGGCUCACACUAUUGAUUAAACACACAUAUACGCUCUACCCAGUAGCAGAUACAGGGCCCCAGGGGCCGGCAUGGCCGGGGCGACACACGGGGUCAAACCCAGUCAUGGGACGUGCCCUAUGAGCUGAGUUUGGCACCCGCCUCUCGUUCCUUUGUGUGUGUGUGUGUGUUUUAUACAUAUCACAAGCUUACUGGUAAUGGUAACAUUUGCCUUGCCCAGCGAGCAAGACCCACUGGUUUUUGAGAAAAGUGGGUCCAAAGAACUCUGUAGGCCUUGUAGGCCUGAUUAAGGUUCAUUUUUCAUCUAUGAAAUCCUCAUUAUUUGGAAAAAAGGGGAAAAAAAAAAAGAAAAAUCAGUAAUUACAACCUACAAGAAUUGCGCUCCCUAAAUCCAUCUCAGAUCAUAUCCUUCCCGUUUUUAAUGAACCCAACUUAAUGCCAUCCCCGGGUUUGGCUGUGUUCCACUCAUACUCAGCAGAGCAUGGGCAAGGCGGCUGUUGUGUUCUUUUCUCAGCAGCGAUGCAAACGUUAGUUAUAAAUUAGACUUUAAUAUUUUUUGGUGUUUAACGACAAGUUUUUAAACUGGACAUAUUAGGAAAAAACUACUUUUUUUAGCUCAGCAUGCUGAGUCAGGUACUGUGUAUUUCACCAGUCCAUACCUCUAACCCAGCUUCUUGGGCCCCUGUGGCCCGAUGGCUGACUUAGAGGUGCCUUGCCAUGAUCUCAGAAUGCAGUCUGUUGAAUUAUUCUAGAUACAAAUAAAGGCAAACCACCACAUUCAAACAUCAGGUGUGCGGUCCAUCUGAUUUUUUUCCCCCCUUCUGUCUUAUUUUGCUUUCUUCACUUUUGAAUUUAAUGCUGCUGAAGUCUGAGCUUAGGGAAGACAACGACUAAGAAAGUCCAUGACUCGUUGAUUACACAGUGAAGAAACCAUGCAAAAUGUUCAGUAUUGGAUAUAGCGUUGCAAAAUGUUCAGUACAAAACUGUUUGGAAAUUUAUUUGUUAACUCUGGAUACUUAAUACCUUUCAGUGUUUUCUCCUCAGAAGAGUUCAUGGAGACCAAACUGAACCUCAUUUAUAGAAAACUCUAUGUGGGAUCAAUGUACUGGCCUCUUGUUACUGUUUCCACGUGGAAGGAUGACCCCGGUCGCCAUCUUCCCCCAUCUGCACUGUACUUACUGGGAAAUUAUUUUGUCACUGCUUUCCUAAGUCUCCAUGACAGCCCUUGCCCAGCAUUUAAAAAUUUUGGCCUGCUUAGCUGAUUAAAGAUUUACUAUCCAUUUACCUGUUUAUGCUUAUUUCAUUUUCAUAUUGAAUUCCACUUUAAUAAAUAAAAAGUUAGCAUAA